AUGGGUGAGCGACUUGAGUGGCCACUAUACGAGUAACGGCAAUAUAGAGAAUAUCUAAAACAACCUGAAAGCACUUCAAAUUACAUUGCAAAUCUCUUUCAGAUGACUGCAAAGACAAACCUUGUGCUCUCGGAGCUGUCUGUCAUGAUCUAGUGAAUGACUUCGAAUGCGAAUGCCCUCAUGGAUUUACUGGAAAAAGGUGUCAUAUUAAGGAAGAUCUCUGCCAUCCAAAUCCGUGUGCCAACGGUGACUGUGUUGACCGCCUGUUUGAUAGGGAAUGUAUUUGUCAUGAGGGAUGGACUGGAACCCAUUGUGAUCAAAAUAUUGAUGAAUGCGCCAGCGCACCGUGCAGGAAUGGUGGUACUUGCAGAGACAAGGUAGGAAAAGGGGAAUGAAAAGUGGAAAUAAUGACGGAAAAAGGUCAGGAAGUUACUGAUAAGCAUUUUACUGAUGGUCUUAACGUAACAAGAUUACCUAAUUGUUAGAUAAGAUCAGCAGGAGGCCGAGAGAAGAAAAGGAGGUGACAGGAAAGUUUAUUGUCAUAGAGUAUGACUCAUAGUUUAGGGUUACUUAUAAAGAGUUUAAAGGGAAAUUAGUCGGAAAAUAGUACCGUACUUCAACUUUAUUUUUAAGGAGAAUGGAUACGAUUGUCAAUGCCCUCCAGGCUUCUACGGGGUCCAAUGCCAACAUCAAGUCAAUCAUUGCGCUAAUGCUCCGUGCCAAAACAACGCCACUUGUCUAAAUCAAGGUGCCAAAUACAGAUGUGAAUGUCCUCUUGGAUUCGAAGGAACCCACUGUGAAUUGGAGAUCAACGAAUGCGAGGAGAAAGAUACAUGCAGCCCUGAAGGCACCGAAAUGUGUGAGGAUCUGAUCAAUGGAUUCAGAUGUCAAUGCCGCCAUGGAUUCAUGGGUGAGAGAUGCGAAAUCCACCAAGAUCAAUGUCUGGGAGAGCCUUGUAUGAAUAAUGCAUCGUGUAUUGACCUCGGCAGUAAAUUUAAAUGCGAAUGUAAAAAUGGGUGGAAAGGAGAGAGAUGUGAUCUGGAGGCGGGCAAAUGCGAAGACAAGCCAUGUAAAAACGAAGGACAUUGCGUAAAUUUGAAUGAUGGAGAUUACUUCUGUGUUUGUGCUGAGGGUAGGUUGGAUAAUACGAUGUAUUAUUUGUGUAGGAGUCAGUGGAAAGAAUUGCGAGCACGCCCCGAAUAGAUGCAUUGGUAAUCCCUGCCAUAAUGGAGGUGUUUGUGGAGAUUUUGGUUCCAAACUUGAAUGCACGUGCCCUAAGGGCUUUGUUGGUGCUGGUUGUGAAUACGAAUUGGACGCGUGUCAUCAUGGUCUGUGUCAGAAUGGAGCCCGUUGUGAGACGGUUAAGAACGGCGGCUAUAAAUGUCAUUGUCCGCCCGGAUUCACAGGACAGAAUUGUGAGACCGAAAUCGACGAAUGCUCUCCUCAUCCCUGUCCAAUUAAUGCUAAAUGUAUUGAUCAACUGAAUGGAUAUUAUUGUCAAUGUCCAUUCAAUAUGACUGGAAGUGGUUGUGAUAAGCAGAUCAGCACGGAUUAUGAUCUUCGCUUUAAUGAUGGAGUCGACGCAGCUAAGGCCGCCAUGUCAGUGCCCGUUCCCUUCUCUUCUGGAGCAUUCUCUUUAUCUUUGUGGAUCAAGUUCGAUGAGCCGCAUGCAAAUGGAGACGUUUUGACUUUAUAUAAUAGCCAGUAAGUUCCUUGUUGUCUUUUUAUGUAACCAUUUUAAAAUUAUUCUACGUUCGUUAUCUGUGUUUUCAGAACUUUAAAUGGUCCAUCCAACUUGACCGAACUCCUUCGAGUCUCUGCGACUUCAUGCCGUCUUGCCCUCUUUCCUGAUGAGAAUCCUUUGACUUUGCAUUUCCCAACAAAUCAACGGCUUAAUGAUGGAGAGUGGAAUAAUCUGAUCAUCACCUGGUCGGCUCAUGAAGGAGCGUAUUCUUUGGUUUGGAAUGCUAUCCGACUCUAUGCUGAUGUUGGAUAUGGAAAGAACAAGCAAUUGAACAUCAAGUAAGUAAAUUCCUACGUUUUUACCAUUUUAUUAAGGAUGUCUAAAGUAAGUACUGAUCUGGUUUUAGUGCCUGGAUCAAUCUCGGAAGACCGGUAGACGCCUCGGACAACGACUCCAAGUUUGUUGGGAGCAUUACUCGAGUCCACGUUUGGAGUCGCACCCUCAACUUUGAGAAUGAUAUCCCUACGAUUGUCCAGAGUUGCCAAGACUCCCCCACUCUCUUCUCUGGCCUUGCUUUGCAUUUUGCCAAUUAUGAUCGGCUGUUUGGAAAUGUGGAGAAGAUCGUCAAGAGCACUUGUGGUCGAACGGAUAAUCAAAAAAUGCUUCUGGAAAAGAGAAACAAGGACAUUACAAUUGAGAAAUGCCCCAAGGACAUAUUUGUGGUCUCUCCAAUGAAAGAAGUGAACGUUUCCUGGGAAGAGCCGGUGUUUUCGUCAAUGAAUACAGUCGAUCGAGUCGAGAAGAACUUUAAGAAUGGACAGAUGUUUACUUUCGGAGAGUUCCAAGUGCUUUACGUGGCCUAUGACAAUGAAAGUAAUAGUGCUGAGUGUAGCUUUAAGGUAAGUACAUGGAGUUUUUUCGAGAGAUUAUUAGUUUCACAUAACUUUAUAAAUUGUAUUUUGAUUAAACUUUUAUUUUCAGGUCCAUAUUACUCGAGAGUUCUGCCCAGAUGUUCAGAAUCCGUCUCACGGCCAGCAAUUCUGCGAACAUUGGGGUCCAGAUCUCAAAUACCGUGCCUGCUCCAUCCAAUGUGACUCCGGCUUCGAAUUCAGUGAGCAUCCAGCACUCUUCUACACUUGUGCUGGUGAUGGAUCAUGGCGUCCUCGUUCUGCAGAUGCCUUCACAUUCCGUUACCCGCAAUGCUCCCGAAGAAAGCCCGCUUCCAGAAUCGUCCACUUGAAGAUUAAUUAUCCUACUGUUACCAUUUGUAAUAUUGCCUCGACUGACACUUUGAGUGAGCGAUUACUCCAGAGGAUCCAUCAGUUACAUUCCAAGUGGAAGAUUUGUGCCGACACUUCGAAAGAUACCUGUGACGGGGUGAAUGUGAAAGUCCAAUGUAUGGGAGAAGAUUGGCAGAGACAAAAACGGGAGACUGGGGAGACCUUCGGAGUGAGGAUCGACAUUCCAGUUCAGAAAGUUCCUGUGAAUGAUGGCAAAUCCGGAUCCAGAAUGGAUCCAAUGGAAGUCAUUCAGAACGAAGUUUUCAACAAAGACCUGCUAAAUCUUGAGCAUGUAAGUUGUCUCUCAUAUUGUGAUGCAAUCUUGGGUAAAAAGGCUAAUGCGACCUCUUUUAGCUCCUCCCCAAUGGACGUCCAGACUUGAAUUCAUUCCGUUUGGACGAAGAAUUUAGAUGUAAAUUGGGUGAAGUGAACGUGAAGGACUCUUGCGUCGCUUGUGCUUCUGGCUCCUUCUACGAUCAAAAGACCCAGUCGUGUAUUCAAUGUCCUGCCGGUCAAUAUCAACCGAAUGAAGGUCAACUGUCAUGUCUGACUUGUCCAGGAAAUGGAGUUACAACUUCUCCUGGAGCCGUGUCAUCAGAGGAAUGCAAACGUAAGUUUUGAAUUUUAUUUUUUUUUUAUUUAUAAACAACAUGAAAACUUUUUGCAUUUCAGCCCGUUGUGAUGCCGGAUACUCUUUGGAGCUUCACAAUGGGCAAUGUGAACCUUGUGGACUCGGAUUCUAUCAGCCUUUUGAAGGUUCAUUUGAAUGUGUUCCCUGUGGGGUUGGUAAAACAACUUUGAAAACGACUAGUCGAAGUGAAGAAGAUUGCCGAGAUGAAUGUCCUGGUAGGGUUUAGUGAUGAUUUUAUUUUCUGAAAUGUAUUUGACUUAUUCUAAUAGGUUUGAUCUAUUCAGUUGCCCUUCCUUGACCUGAUCUUUUUUAAUUUAGACGGGGAGCACUUAACCCUAUCAGGAGCUUGUCAGCCCUGCCCAUUGGGCGCCUAUCGAACUAAAGGACUUCACAAACAAUGCGUAGAAUGCCCUGCGGGAACAACUACGGAGAAGGUAAAGUCUGUCCGCCGAGCUGAUUGUAACACGCCGAGAUGUGAUCCUGGACAGUUCUUGGUUACUGCAACGUAAGAACAAUGCUGUUUCGAAAAUUAAAAAACUUUUUAUUCGAAUCAGAAAUGAUUUUUAUUUGUUACUUUUAGCAAGAAAUGCCAGUUCUGUCCGCGAGGUACCUUCCAAGACCAGCCCCUUCAAUCCACAUGCAAGAUUUGCCCGACAGAUUACACCACUGCCGCAUCUGGUGCUACUCAUGAGUCUCAAUGCUACUCGACCAACCAAUGUGCCACUGGAGAGAAUAAUUGUUCGUGGCAUGCUGUUUGUAUUGAUCUACCCGAUGAUAACGAUGUUCCUUCAUUCGAAUGCAAAUGCAAGCCUGGAUUCCGAGGAAACGGGACUGUUUGUACUGGUGAGUUGAGUUGUUUUAGCAUCUCAAGCACUGGUCGGAUUAAUAAAUUUGAAUGCGAGGGUUUCAGAUGCGUGCCUCAACUUCUGUUUGAACGAUGGCAUCUGCAAGAAGAAUAACCUUGGCUAUGUUGAAUGCAAUUGCAAGGAGAACUUCUCGGGAGAACGAUGCGAGAUCCGAUUCCAGCCGCGGACUCAGAAGAUUAUGCACGCCACCCUUUGCAUCGGAUUCCUCGUCUUCCUGGCCAUUGUCAUCAUCGUGGCUGUUUGGGGAAUCCGUCAGCGUUUCAAGAAGGAUGAUGUUGGGAGUAUCCACAAGCCCGUCAUCCCAUCAAUGGAUCCCCUUGAUCCUCGAGUCAACUUUAUGUACGCCAAUCCACGCAGAAGUGCGUCCUCCGGAGGGGGAUCGGUGAGGCCAAUUGGGUUCUAUUACGAAGACGACAAUCAACCGGAUUCGAACGAAGUGAAGACAAUGUUUGUGGAGGAGACUACAACUGUUGUGGAGAGACCUCAACCUCCAACCGAAGAGCCACCUCAGGAAACUCAGGUCGAACGAUUUGCCUGGCCAGCUCAGAACGAGACCAACAGCUCUAAUAACAACGUUCAGAACACCAAUACAGAACCCACUAACGUCUAUCAGAGCAGAUAUACGACCUCAUAUGAUAAUGAUAGAUUUGCCGCCAUGCGAAGGCAUUUUUAUGAGAAUCGUCAAUCGUAA